AUGACUGAGUCUAAUAAAAUUUCGAACUGGAAUGAAAAAUAUAAUGAAUUGUUAGACCUUUUUAAAGUGCCACCAUUGAAACCAGAAUUACAAUUGACAGAUGAAGAGCUAUCAAAUACUUUAGAAAUUCCACUUUUGGAUGGCAGUUAUGUCAUUUUGAUAGCAGCAAGGCGAGUUGAAAUCGAACCAGGAUGUCAAAUAACCGUUAAUUACAAGAAAUCCUUCCGAAUAGUAAUAUACACUGAAGAAAUAACUUCUGAACUUGAAAUUAUUGCAAAAAAUCAUCUAAAAGUUGAUGAUUCAUCAAAAUUUAUUAUUAACAAAGCAAAAAAUGAUAAAUGCGUUGGCAAAUUACUAACUAUACGUGAUGGCAAGAACCCUGAAUAUAAGGAUAUAUAUAUCUUUGAUAAUACUAUCCUUAAAAAUCAUUCUUUCCUUAAAAUAUUACGAUACUCUGUACUCAUUGCAAGUGUCUUAUUUUAUGAUAAACCUGAAAUUACACGUUCAAUCCUUUCUUGGAUAUGUAAAAUAAAUGAAUCAUACUUCGAUACAAAACAACUUGAAACAAAAGAACUAUCUAAAUUAAAAGAAUUAUACUAUCAAGCGCUUUCGAUGCUCGUACAAUUAGAUAUUUUUAAAGAAAGAGAAAACAAUGAAAUUUCAUUUGUUCCAUUAUUGAAUAAACAAUUCUACAAAGAUGGGAUCAAAGAAUUUAUGGAAUCAAUAAAAUAUUAUGAAGAUAAAUACGUGCAAUUUUUAAAUAAAAGUGAAGAUAUCGAUCGAAAGAAAAUAGAAUCUAAAGUAUUGUUAGAAAAUUCUAAUGAUAAUACUUCUUUGUAUAAUCAUUUAAAAAAUAUUGAAUAUGAACGUUAUGAUUCAGCUUCUAAAUUGGUGAAAAAAAUAGAAGAAGAGCUAGAGGUCAAAAAAAAUAACGUAGACAGCGCAUGUAAACAUUUUAAAGAAGAACUUGAAAAAUGGAAGAAUCAAAAAAUCCAUGAGGCACAACUACAUAUGGUAAUCGCAGUUUUUGACUUGGCUGUACGUAUUGGUACAAUUGUUAUCAGACCUGAUGGCAUAGUCAGCAUUAUUGAAACCAUAAAAGAGACAUCUAUUUCGGUUCAAGAUGCUCUGGAUGCUGGUGAUAAAGUAAAAGCAUUCAUUGAAGAAAAUAAUGACAUAGGUGAUAAAAUUCAAAGGAUUAAAGAAAUUGGUGAAGAUUUAGAAAAAAAUUACGCCGACGCAAAAGAUCUGAAUGAAGUGAUAACAAAGCAAAAAAGAGUUGAAUCUUUGGAUGUUAAUGAACUUGCACAAAUCCUUAAAACAGAAGAUCGCAAAGGAAUAAAAAUGAAGGCCGAAUGGAAAUCAAUUGAGAAUUUUAUGUUGCAAUUACUUGAACCUUUUGAAAAAGAAAUUGAAGGUGUACCUGAAUAUAAAAAUUCAUUAAAAGAUUUAUUUAACUAUAUUAAUGCAUACAUUGAAGCAAAUAAUGAGGAAGCAAAGAGUUUCAAAGAAUAUUCACGAAUAAAACUGCAAAUACAAGUAUUUGAAAGAAAAGAAGAGAGACUUAAAGAAAGGAUUGAAGAUUAUAAAUCAGAAGAAGAUUAUUAUAAUGACUGCGCAUUUUCACUAAUUGAAUGCUUUAUUAAUAUAAAGAGUUGUAUGCUAAAAUAUUUAGAAAUUUAUGAAUAUGCAUACAAAUAUUGGUCUCUUUCUAAAUCUGAAGUUAAACUUUCUGUUAUGAAAACUACUGCAAAGCAUAUGGAAGAUUAUCAUAAAAUUUAUCAAGAAUUAGAAAACUCAUACUAUAAAUUUGGGGGUCCACCCCAAACUUCAGAGGGUCAUUCACAUUCAAUUCGUAUUGAUGGAGAAAAUUAUAUCAAAAAAUUUAAGAGUGACAGAUUUAUUACUUACGAGAUUCCAUUGAAUCAUCCAAAAUUUCUGCGGUAUGAGCGUGUUCGAAUCAUUAACUUUGGUGUAUUUUUGGAUGGUGUUGGGUCCAAAGAUGAUGAGAUCUCUCUUACUAUUAUUAGUAAUACCAAUAUGUUUAAUGAUAGAUAUAAAGGGAAAACUUAUUAUUUUAGAUCAGGAAAAAGAAUCGUUCAAGAGUUUAGGUAUCAAGUACCAGAUAAAAUCUUAACAGAUGUGUCAUUUAAAUCAGAUGUCUAUUUUGUUCCAACGCCAUUUAGCCAAUGGACAAUUAGACUUGAUAAUUGUAAAAUUGGCGAAUCUAUUUUGGAUCCAUCCGAAAUAGAUUUAUCUGGACUGAAAUCAAUUGAAAUUAAAUUAGAUGUAGAAUUUUACUUGAUUGAAAAGUAA